AUGGCCGCAUCCAUAUAUGCCACCCCACCGCCGGAUCUGAGCAGCGAGGACACAGCGCUCUCCGAUGUCUCCAACUCAUCCACACUCAACACAAAUCGCGGCGGCGGCAGCAGCAACAACAGCACCAGCAACAACAACAACAACAGCAACAACAACAACAUUGGACACGGAGUCCAAGUCCAAGCCAUGCAGCUGCAGCUGCUGGAGGCGCUCAACGAUGCGGCCAAAAAGCGACGCAAGCAACACAAUCCCAGUCGCCUGGAGGCGCUCAAUCUGAGUGGCGCCGAGACGGAAGAAGGUGCCGCCAAAGCAGCCACAGCGGAGCCAGUGAUCGACUACGAGGAGAAGCUAUCGAAAAUGCUGCUACCCAAGUCCAUUGAGAAGCUGAAGGAGACAUUCGAGCUGCUGCAGCAGCAGAAGCUACAGCCCGAAGACAUAUCAGAAGCAGAGGAGAAGCAACUGCUGGAACAGCAGCAGCAGCAUCUGGAACAGCAGCAAUCGCCAAUAAAUCCCUAUCAAACCUACUGCAAGCAGUGCGGCGAGAACUUUGAGACUGAGUUCAAGCUCAGUCUGCACAUGCUGCAGGAUCAUCAACAGGAGCAGCAGCAACAGCAACAGCAACAGUUGUCGUCGCAACAGCAGCAACAGUUGGCGGCAGACGAGCCCAUGGACUUGCUGGCCAACAUUCAAGUUAAACUGGAGCGUGCAGAUAGUCCCACGCAGCUGGAGCUGCAGCAGCAACAGCAGCAGCAGCAGCAGCUGGAACUGGCCAAUGGACAUGCCAACAACAACAAGGAGCACGAGCACUGGCUUCAGGCCAUGGCACAGCAGCACCAGCAGCAGCAGCAGCAUCAACAGCAGCUGCCGGGCAUGCCGCCCGCCUUUGCAUUUCCGCCAGAGGCAGCUGCCCUUGGCUGGCCACUUUUGGGCAUGCCCGGCUUUGGGGGCGUCGAGGGGCUCAAUCGGCCGCCACUGCGCAUCUUCAAUCCGGAGGCCUAUUGCGAGUUGUGCAACAAAGAGUUCUGCAACAAAUACUUUCUCAAGACGCACAAAGCCAACAAGCAUGGCAUCUUUGAUCCCGCCGGUGAUUUGGCCACGCCCAACAACAAUAUCAGCAACAUCAACAACAACAACAACAAUAGCGGCAGCAGCAACAACAAUAACAACAUCAACAAUAGCAGCAGCAGCAGCAGCUCCACUUCCAUGUUCCAACAGCUGCAAAUGCCGCGCGAGCCGCCGCCGCCGCCGCUGCCGCCAGCACAAAAGCCUGAGCCGCAAUUGACGCCACCGGCGCCGCCGGCGGUGCACUGCGACAUCUGCUCGAAGCGCUUCACCAACGUCUUUGCCAUGCGCCGGCAUCGCGCCAAGCAGCACGAGCAGCCAGCCACGCCCACAGCCUCGCCGACGCCCCAGACGACGCGACGCGGCAGCCCUAACGAGCAGCCACAGCCUGCCCAGCCACCAGCCGCAGUGCAGCAGCAGGUCAAGCAGGAGCCCACGCCGGAUGUCGAACAGAAGCCCUAUCAGCUGCCGGAAGGCUUUCGCGAGGACUUCACGCUGGAGCAGGAGGAGCUGGCCUUUGCGCCGCCACCGCGCAAGCUGCCGGCUCAGCUGCAGCAGCAGGCGCGCGAUGCCAGCUGUACGCCGGAAAAGCUGCGUCGUCUGGGUGUCCAGCUGCCGGAGGCAUUCUGUGAGCUGUGCUGCAAGGAGUACGCCAAUCGUUACUUUCUGCGCACGCACAAAUGGAAGCGUCAUGGCGUCUUUGUGCCACCCGAGGAUCUGGGCAAGGAGGAGCAGCAGCCGCUCAUGCCCGCCGGCUGGCCCUUCAUGCCGCUCAAUCUGAUGCUGGCCAAGGCAGCGGCCGAGCAGGAACAGCAGCCCGAACAGGAGCCCGAGGAACAGCAGCAGCCGGAGGAGCAGCCACACAAGCGCAUCAAACUGGAGCCCUACGACGAGUCAACGCCGCCGGAAAAGCUGGACAGCUCGGCGAUGGGCCUGCAGAAUCUGCAGAAGCUGCAGUCGAUGCUGCAGCAGCUCAACGAUUUCAAUGGCAAGCGACCGCUGCCGUGCCACCUGUGCGGCCGGGAGCUGGAGCAUCAGUAUGCGCUGCGUGCACAUCUCAUGACCGAGCAUGCUGGCCAGCUGCUGCCCGAGGGCCAUCCCAUGCUCUACCAGCAACAGCAGCAGCAGCCACAGCUGCCGCUCAAGCUGUCGCCGUUGGGCGGCGGCGGAGGCGGAGGUUCGCCCGGUGCUGCGGUCACGCCCACGUCGACGGCCAAUGAGCUGCGCUGUCAGCAGUGCGAGCGCGAGUUUGCCACAACACAGGAAUUCAAGCAACAUAUCGCCGAGGUGCAUCUGGGCCGCAUACCCGGUACCAGUCCGUUGCGCGAGGGCUUCUACACGCCGGAGCGUGCCACGGUGCCGGCUGCAGGCGGCGCUGCCGCAGUGCCGCCGCGUGCCGCAUACACCAUAACGCCGACUUCCAGCUACUGCGAGAUCUGCAACAAGGAGCUGUGUAACAAGUACUUCAUGAAGACGCACAUGCAGCGCAUGCACGGCAUUGAGAUCGAGAACGGCGCCCAGAUCGGCGGCGUCGUCUGCAACAUAUGCAACAAGGAGCUGUGCAGCAAGUACUUUUUGCGCGUCCACAAGCACAACACGCACGGCAUCAUCGAGGAUGGUGCUCCACUGCCCCAGCCGCGUGGCAGCGCCCAGAAUGGACUCAAGGCCGAGGCACAGCAGCAACAGCAACAGCAGCAGCAGCAACAACAGCAGCAGCUGCUGGAGCCGGAGAUUAAUUUGACGCCGAUUGGCGGCGACUCCAGUGCCGGCAACGAGCUGUGCCCGCUGUGCGCCCGCCAGUUCCGCAGCGCCAAAUGGCUGCGCACGCAUCUCAUGAACGAGCACGGCGCGGCGGGCAUCGAGAAGCUGCGCGACUUGGAACAGUCACAGCCACAGAGCGGCGCCGGCAGCAAGCCGAACAGUCCCACGCUCAAGAUACCCAAUGGCAAUACCGCUGGCGCCGUCGCCGGCGUCAGUCCAGCCAACAAUCUUGCCCAGGCGCUGCAGAAUGCGCAACAGCAGCUGUUUGGCCAGAUGCAGCUGCCCAAGGGAAUGCCGCUGCCGCUUCCAUUGCCGGGCAUGUUCGAGCAGACGCCACGCUUCAAGGAAUACCAGUGCUCGCUCUGCCCCUUCACCACGCCCUACUAUGCAUUCCUCUUCAUACACGAGCGCUCGCAUGCGCUGCUCAACAAUGGAGGUGAUGGUGAGACGCAUGUGGCCGCCGAGGCGGAACCGCCACGCAACGAACGAGACAGAUCCUUUGCCUUGGUGCAGGGCAAGGCCAGGACCAAGCCAGGCCGCGAGCGAGCCGACCGAGCCGAUGUGGAGCACAACGAGCCCACGAAUCUGACCACCAACAACAGCAGCAGCAACAGCAGCAGCAGCCACAGCAAUACGAAGGCUGCCACGCCCACACCCACGCCCACAACGAUACACUCACCAGGCACAGUUGCCGCCUCGCCGAAAGCGCGUUCCGCAACCGUGACACCGACGCCAGGACGACGCAGCACCAUCAACUCGAAGCCCGGCACGCCCAACGGCAUCAACGCCCAACGCUCGGCGGCCACCUCGCCGUUUGAGCUGUGCAGCGAUCUGGCCAAUGGCAGCGGCAAGCCGGCCAGCUAUGCACAGCCGGACAAGUCCGAGGAGGCAUAUCAGAUGCAGGCCUUCCAUUUGACGCCCGCCGACGGCGAUGCGGAGGGUCUGUUUGCACCCGCCCUUGUCUAUUUGCCGGUGCGCGUGCGCGCCUCGGAAUCGACCACACUAAGCUUCAGGCUGACACCAGCCUAA